UGCCCGGGCCUCGGUCUCCGGGUCGGCGCGUGGCCCUCUGGGUCGGGCGCGCGGUGGAAGAUGGCGGAAUCUGGCGGCGCCAGUGGCUCCGGCCAGAGCCCUGAGCGCCCGAGCAGCCUGGCUGACAGGAAUGGGGCCCUCAAGUGCACCUUCUCUGCAGCUGGCCACAGCACCGGCCUGCUUCAGGGCCUGGCCGCCCUCCGUGCACAGGGCCAGCUGCUCGAUGUGGUCCUCACUGUCAACAGCGAAGCCUUCCAUGCACACAAGGUGGUCCUGGCAGCCUGCAGUGACUACUUUAGGGCCAUGUUCACCGGUGGCAUGCGCGAGGCCAGCCAGGCGAUCAUCCAGCUGCACGGUGUGUCUGCACGAGGCCUGCGCCACAUCAUUGACUUUGCCUACAGUGCAGAGGUGACGUUGGACCUGGACUGCGUGCAGGACGUGCUGGGUGCCGCUGUGUUCCUGCAGAUGCUGCCGGUGGUGGAGCUGUGCGAGGAUUUUCUGAAAGCCGCCAUGAGUGUGGAGACUUGCCUGCACAUUGGACAGAUGGCUACCACCUUCAGCCUGGCAUCGCUGCGUGAGUCGGUGGAUGCCUUCACAUUCCGCCACUUCCUGCAGAUUGCCGCUGAGGAGGACUUCCUGCGCCUGCCACUCGAGCGCCUUGUCUUUUUCCUGCAAAGCAACCGGCUGCAGAGCUGCACCGAGAUUGACCUGUUCCGCGCUGCUGUGCGCUGGCUGCAGCAUGAUCCCGCCCGCCGUGCCCGUGCCAGCCUCGUGCUGUGCCAUGUGCGCUUCCCGCUCAUGCAGCCGGCUGAGCUGGUAGACAGUGUGCAGACGCUCGAUGUCAUGCUGGACGAUGCCCUGUGUCGCCAAUAUUUGCUGGAGGCCUUCAGCUACCACGUGUUGCCUUGUCGCCAGCAUGACAUGCAGUCACCGCGCACGGCUGUACGCUCCGAUGUAACAUCCCUAGUGGCUUUCGGAGGCACACCCUAUACCGACAGUGACCGAGCAGUCAGCAGCAAGGUAUUUCAGCUGCCUGAGCCUGGAGCCCGCCACUUCCGUGAGCUCACCGAGAUGGAGCUAGGCUGCAGCCAUGCAGGCGUGGCUGUACUAGAUAACUUUGUGUACGUGGCAGGUGGCCAGCACCUGCAGCACCGCAGUGGCGAGGGCGCUGUGGACGCCUGCUACCGCUACGACCCGCAGCGCAAUCGCUGGCUGCGGCUGAGGGCGCUGCAUGAGAGCCGCGUGCAGUUCCAGCUCACAGCACUGGGUGGACUGUUGUAUGCCACUGGUGGCCGCAACCGUGCAGGCAGCCUGGCUUCUGUGGAGCGCUACUGCCCCCGCCGUGACAGCUGGGACUUUGCUUGCCCGCUCAAGCGUCGCACUUGGGGCCAUGCGGGCGCUGCAGCUGCUGGUCGCCUCUACAUCUCAGGCGGCUAUGGUGUCUCCGCCGAGGACAAGAAGGCGCUACAGUGCUACGAUCCUGCGGCUGAUCGUUGGGAGCCCAGGGCGCCUAUGCAUGAGCCCCGCGUGCUGCACGCCAUGCUGGGUGCUGCAGGCCGCAUCUACGCCCUAGGUGGCCGCAUGGACCAUGUGGACCACUGCUUUGAUGUGCUUGCGGUGGAGUACUACGUGCCCGAUGCUGACCAGUGGACCAGUGUGGCCCCUAUGCGCACUGGCCAGUCGGAGGCCGGCUGCUGCCUACUGGAAAGGAAGAUCUACAUCGUGGGUGGCUACAAUUGGAGGCUAAACAACGUCACAGGCAUUGUGCAGGUGUACAACACUGAGACAGACGAGUGGGAGAGAGACCUACACUUCCCCGAGUCCUUCGCAGGCAUUGCUUGUGCCGCUGUCCUGCUGCCCCGCGCUGGCCACGGGAGGUAGCUCUGAUUCCGGCCUGCCUGUGUUCCCCAUGAGUGUCAGAUCCCCAGCCCUUGGACAGCAGAGAGAUCUGGUCCCAGAGCUGUGGGCGACACAUAGCCACUGCUCAAUGUGCAUCUCUGCGCUGUCCUGUGUGACUCAGCCUCGAUUUCCCUCAGUCCUGGCCAGACACUCAAAAAUAAACUUGUGGACACAAAA